AGCGGUAUAAACAACAUUUAUUUAAUUAAAUAUGAAGAAAAAACUAGAGGAAACAUCAUCAGAUGAGGAAGAAAGUGUUGCCGACGAUUCAGAAAAUGAAGACGAAUUGGAUUUAGCGGGCAGCGCAACAGAAUCCGACGAGGAUGAUGUGGAUGAAGAUGAAACCACUUCGAGGAAGAAAACAAAAGCCGAAUUGAUUGAGGAACAAAUACACAGUAAAUACGAACAGCUGAAAGGAACACGACUAUAUGUACGCUUCCCACACAAGCUUCCACUUGAUAGCCAGGAAUUUGAUGCGAAGGUAAAAUCUUUGCAUCCGUUAAUAACAAAGGCUGCGAAGCCACGGCAAAAGCACGCACGGUUUUGCCUCGUGGAAUUCAAAUCCAAAGAAGAUCGCGAUAAAGCGCUGGCGGAUAUUAAAGUAUCAAUUGAAAGUGAUGCGGCAUACAAGGGUAUCUUCAUUUCGCUGCCCAAAACCGAUUCCGAAGAGUUUGUGAACGAGCUGGUAGCACGCAAGCAACAGUCCCUGGAAAAGAAGAAAUCAAAGAACCUGUUGAAGCGAGCAAGCAAACAGGUGCAGCGUAAGGAAAUCUUCACAUCAUCCGUGGUGAUCACCAAUCUGCCCAAAACGACGUCAGUGGCACAGGUGCGCAAGCUGUUCGAGACUGCCGUCGAUAUACAAAUCAAGCCAGGCAAGGGCAAAUACCGCGACUCGAGCGCUGCAACAGUCACGCUGCCCACGACUAUGGAUGCUCGCAAUGCCGUCAAGCGGGAGCUGAGCAUAGGAGGCACCAAACUGAAUUUGCGAUUCCAUACGCAACAGCAGAAGAAGCGAACGGGAAAAAAUCUAAAACGCAAGGCAAAUAAUGGGGAAUCACCGCAAAUAGCAAAGCAGAAGAAAGCGAAACGAACUAUAAAGGCGGAUAAAUAGUUAGCAACUAUUUAA